AGGUCAGCUCGAGGAGGGGGCGUGGCCUCCGGAGCCACCGUCACUAACAGACAUUUCUCCCUUGUAGUUCGGAGCCUGCUGAUCGUUCCUCACUUCCUCUCAGUGAUCCGGGGACAGCGCCACCUCUUAUUCCGUGACAUGUCCGCCGCCCCGGAGUGCAGGUAGGGGCGAGCGGGGGCGCCGCGGCCUGUCCCCCACCCCUUCCUCAUAGACAGAAGCCGGUAGAUCCGUCUGUGAGGUGAGCGAGCGGCCUGUACAUCCCCGGACUGUGGUGACACAGGAGGCCGGGCCUAGCAGGGCCCUCAGCGUUACCGGCCGAGCCGCCGCAGACAUGUGUACGCUGCGCUAGACGGUGACACCGGGACUCUUCACCCUCCCCGCCCCCCUGGACUCUAGCGGGCCCGCCGCUUCCUCCCUCCCUGCCUCCCCGGGGGGACGUGUCUCGGCUCUGCCCCUCAUCAUGUCUAAGAUGCCGGCUAAGAAGAAGAGCUGCUUCCAGAUCACCAGUGUGACCACGGCGCAGGCGGCCAGCAGCAUUACCGAGGACACCGAGAGCCUGGACGACCCCGACGAGUCCCGUACCGAGGACGUCUCCUCCGAGAUCUUCGAUGUGUCCCGGGCCACGGACUACGGGCCCGAGGAUGUGGUGGAGCGGAGCUGGUCCGAAGAGACGCUCAACAACGUGGGGGACCCCGACACCCCGGCCGCAGUGUCCCCUAACGUGCAGCAGGAGGCGCCGCUUAUUCCCGGCGGAAGAAACAGCAUCGGCCAGAGCGCUGCCCAGAACCCGAGCACCCAGCAGGCAGCUACACCCACCAGCGUGGCCCCGCUCACCACCUCCCCCGCUACCACCAGCACGGCCGCCUGCAGCUCCCGCUUCCGAGUCAUCAAACUAGACCACGGCUCCGGAGAGCCUUACCGGCGGGGCCGCUGGACAUGCACCGAGUACUAUGACCGGGAAUCUGACAGCAGCAGCACGGUGAUCACCCGGGCCACGGACUCCCUGCGGCACCAUGAGCACACGGGGGAGCGGGACAGCGGCCUGGGGGCCACGGUGGGCUCGGUGCACAUAGGGCCCGGGCCGGACUCUCUGGCUGACGCCUCCCUGACUGCUGUGUCACCGCUGCCCCCUCAGCACUUUGCCAUCGGGCAGCCUGUAGGAGGCGCUACGUCCCAGGGGGCAGCACAGUAUCCUGGUGCCCCGCAGAUGAUGGGCCAGUCCUAUAUCCAUGCACAGAGUGGGCACAAUGGCAAAGCCCCCACGAAUGUAGCUGCUCCUGCCCAGGCUGGCAUGUCUAUGAGUCAGCAGCAGACCAAUGCCCAGCAGUUCACUUACUCCCAGGCCCACAUGCAGUCUGGGCAUAUAAUGGGCACCCAACAUGUAUCUGGUCUACAAUCCCAAGGAUCUAGUCAAAUAGCAGCGGCUUCCGGAGCACCAUCCAGUCUUCCAGGCCAGCAUCUGCAAGCCAUGGGUCUACAAGCGAAGCCUGGCGACUCUGUGAGUCAAGGAUCAGGACUAUCUACUCCCCAAAGCCAUCCAGUUCAUAUGCAACAAGCGGGAGGUGUGACGUCUAUUGGUGGGGGGCAACCGAAAGCGACUGCAAGUAGUCAGCUCUCAAACAUUCCUGGUGGACACCUUGCUAUGACCCCCGGGCUGCACAGUGUGCCUACUUCAGGGGUCUCUGGAAUAACGAGUAGUGUGCCGAGUGUGUCGGCUGCCCCCCCUGUUACUAUGCCAAUCGCUCCUUCGACUUUUGUACAGUCUCCAUUGAGUAGCCAUACGUCUGUCAGUAGGAGUAACAGCUUGAUCCCGACAGCCGGGCUUCCUUCUGUGCAAGGUACAGGCGGUGUACAUAGUAGUCUGCCGCAGUCCACCAUUAGUCAGAUUGAGGACCGGAGAAAGUCGGAACCCCUACCUCAGCCGCCAAUCCCCUUGAUUUCUGAGAAGUCUUUUGUGAAAGUUCCUCUCACGGACUCUCUAUCAAACCCUCUUCAUUUACCCGUAUUUGGUUUACCUAUCCCUGUUGAUGGUGAGGAUGACAGGAAUCCUUCCUCUGCUUUCUAUGAAGCAUUUCACGUGAAGUUCCGUGGGUCACAGAGACUGAGUGAUAGUUCCACAAGUGCGAAUGUCGUAGCCAUCGACAACAAGAUAGAGCAGGCUAUGGACCUGGUUAAAAGCCAUUUGAUGUACGCAGUAAGAGAAGAGGUGGAAGUCCUAAAGGAACAAAUAAAGGAAUUAAUAGAGAAAAACUCUACACUUGAACGUGAAAAUGCACUGUUAAAAUCCCUUUCUAACAGCGAUCAGCUGUCUCAACUUUCGACCCAAGUGGUUCUUGGCACCAGUCAACAGGCGCCUCCAGUGACUACAGCUCCUCUCACCGCUCCACAGACCGCACACCCCCCGCAGCAACCGAAUGUUUCUUCGGCGUAAAGUGUACAAAAAACUGCUUUCUCGCCUCGUUCAGAAUUCUGAAAGCAAUCUGUCCUUGUGUGCCACUGCUGUUCUUUCCACUUUAAAAAUGAAAAAAAAUGAGAAAAAAGAGCAAGUAGCCAUGCUUCUUUUGUGUGUUUGGCCUUUUCAGUAUUAGACAAUCGUACUCCCUGAUCUCUCGCUGUGAGAGAGGUGAUACCUAUUGCUUUGUGUAUCAGGGUUUUAACACAAUUGGAUUGUAAAAAAAAUAUAUAAAAAAAAAUGAAUCUAUAUUUACGCGCAUCUACAUAUGCACAUACAAAAAAUACAUACAUUCUUUGAAUACUGACAAUGAAUGUGUGCAGGUCACUAUCCCCUCUGUAAGGGGUAAAGAGCAGCACUUUAUGUUCUAGAAAACGUGAAAAAUGCAUGUCUUCUAAGAAAUAAAGCUCCAAUGUUACUAAAGCUGUUCAUGGUUCAUACUAAUGAAUAGUUCUGGUAUUCGGAAAUGCAUGAGAUGUUAUGUCACCCCUGCCUAUAACUUGUCUGCCAUCAAAUGACAUAGAGGUCACACUGUCAUGGAAAAUUAGUGGUAGACAUUCCUGCCUGACGCCUACUUUAUUAUCCGGUCACCCUAUUAUUUAAGGAGUGUGACACAAUUCAUCCGGACUCUGCAGCCUUAGGAAGACGUUUCCUAUUAGAAGAGUGAGCCUCUAGGGUCCUUGUAUAUUGGGCUUCUCUCAAUCUGCUUCCUACAGCAUUUUAUGUGACAGAACGGAAUUGUAUCCUGGAUUGCUGUGCAUGUUUUACAGGUAUCAAUGUGUCCUAUAUUGACACACUUGUUGGCUUAAAGGAACGGCGCGUCAUUCACAGGGCUCCUAUGUUAGGCAUAGCCUAUAGAUUCACAACCGGUCAUCCUUUGUGGACGUCCCCAUAUGGUGGUUUUCUGUAACAUAAACUGCUGCCUGAAUUGAUAGUUAAGGUCUGAUAUCCAGCAAUGGGUCUUGCUUAGAGCGUUGGUGACUCUCCCAGGGGGCGUUUCUUUUUUGUUUUUUUUUUUUGUUUUUAUUUUUUUGUUUAAAUAUACUCUGAGCCAUGUUUUGUCAGUUCUACGUAAGCGAAACUAAUCAUUGUAUUCCUAGUGAGAGCCACCAUACUUUAACAUUUUUGCCUCUUUUUAGUUUCAUUCAAAUGUUUGUGUUUUUAUUUAUUACAGGGCUGCUAUUUUCUUAAUAUGUAUGAACAAUGUCACAGACACUCUUAUUUUAUGUUCCUUUAUAUAGAGAAUAAAUGUAAAUCUAUCAUAAAUAGUAGAGAACAGGAUUGCAUCCAAUAGGGCAAUAACUGAGCAUACGUAUCCAGGCAUAUAUAUGUAUAUCUAACACUAACAGCAAUCUUACUUUUUUGGUAUUUAUUUUACAAUAUAGAAAAGAUCCAGUUUGAAUGUAAAUUUUGUAAAGAGUAAGUAUGAAACCUAUUGCACCUGUACAGGAGAGCAACAGUUGUGAUACUGAAAUAAAUGAUAGAUUAGCUAUUUUGAUGACGAAAACUUUGUUCAUUUCUCUUCUUUCCAAAUGUGGGAGGAAUAUAAAAAAAAAUGCCAUGAUUCCUAUGCUUUUUAGAAAACUUAUGUGAAUUAUAAUUUUUUAAGGUGGGAUAAAAAAAAAAACUGUGAAAUUGUUCAACCUACUUUGUAACCAAAGAAGCAAAGCUGUGUAAUUUUUUUUUAUUUUGUUAUGCACAUUCUCUGUAUUUUUAUUCAGUGUUCUAUCAUUCACAUUAUUUUCCUUUUAGCAUGAUCUGCAUGACCUAUUAUCUCUGAACCACUUCCGUACCUCAUGUUUUUUGUCCAGCACUCUUAUUGUAUAUGUAAUCUGUGAACUGCGUCCAAUAAACAGAGCAAACAGCUGGUGUCGGUGGCGAUGGGCUAGUGUAACGUGUACACUAGUUGUCAAAUAGAAAACGAAAAAAAAAAACCUAAAGUGAGCCAUCUUUUGUUCAUUUAAAAUGGUGUUAUGAAUUUCAUAUGCAGAAAAACAAGUUUUGUUACAUUGCAGAUUUUAAUGUAUUUAAUAAAUUCUACAUGCAGAUUGAGUGCAGUGUACAAAGGAGUAUUUAAGUCUACCAAAAUACAAAUGUGCAUUUCCGGAAUCUGCAAGCACAUCUGUUUGUUUUUAGUCAGACAUCUGUCCAAUUAUUGUAAAGAUAUCUAUUUUAACACCCUUUUAUGAAAUUAUUAAAUUGCAGUUUUGU